AUGUCCACCUAUCGCAAGUGGGUUGAUCGUCCUCCCACUCAGCAUCUCUCCUCGCUCGAGCCCGAGCCCGACGCUCUUCUCCUCUCGUCCUCUCACCAUCCCGCUCACCCCGAGCGCUGCUUGCGCGAGCCCAGCGCCGCCUCUCUCCGCAGCGGCCGUGUCGCCCCGACGCGCGGCCUCGUCUCCUCUCGACCUGCUCCGGUCGCCGCCCCUUCUCAGCACCCGAGCGCGCCGCCGCUCGAGCCCCUGCAUCGCAGAUGCUCCCUACCUCGCCGCCAUGGCCGCCUCUCCCUUUUCGAGCUCGUCCCCGGCCUCCUCCUGGACGCCCGCAGACGCGCCCCUGCCUCCUCCUUCUCACGCCACCAGGAGCCACGGCGCCCAAGGCCGCCGUUCCCGAGCUCUGCUUCACAGCGCCGGUCGCCGCCUAGCUUCCUCCCGCAGCGCCGCUCGUCCUUGAGUCGCGCACCUCUGCGCCGUCUUCCGCGUUCGUCCCUGGCCUCGUUGCUAUGCAGGCACUGCUCUCAGAGAGAGCAGCACCAGGCGUCCUCGUAUAACAGCAGUUACACCGUACAUGUUCAGCACCUUCCGCCGGCACUCGCUGGUUCGUUCCCUGCCUCCCCUUGGACGCGCACACGCAAGCAGGAACAUGAGCCUGGUGUUUUGUCAUCGCCAAGAUCCUGCGAAGAUGCACGGCGUCGCGGGAAGACCACCGUCGAUGUUUUCGCUCUUCACCGACAAUUGAAGUUGAAACCCCAAGUUCUUCUUCCCGGACCCAAGUUCUCCAAAGCCCGACUUCAUCUGCUUCCUCGUCAAUCCGGCGACCACCUUGUUCCGAUACCCAUUUGCUUCUUCCUGGAUAGGAUCGCGAAGUGGUGUGGUGAGAUACGACAAGUCCUCCGGAUGUUCCUCGGCAAGCUUUAACAGGCAAGCAUUUCCCCUAUACUUCUGCCCCUGCAGAAGUCGCUCACCUAUUUUAUUUUGCCUUCUCCCUCAUGCUAUCUUUAAGUUGCGUUCUUGUCACGUGUCCCUUCCACUUGUUACCUCAAGCCGCCUAUAUUGCCUCCACCAACCACCUACAGCUAUUGUUUGGUUAUCGGGUCUGCCUUGCGAGUCGUAGUGCAUGCUAGUGCUGUUUAUAUCUCGUUACCAUUAUCGCUAUCUUAUCGGGUUAUCAGUUGGGAAUCAUGACACAUGCUACAUGUUUAUAUCUGUUGAGGGUAUCAUGGUUACUUGUUAAUAGUUGUUAGCGGAGACAUCGGUGGGUCAGUUGCUCAUUUUAUGACGGCUCACUUGUGUUUCCAUGAAAUCUAGGACCUCGAGUUCUUGUUAUCUGUUCCGAGACUGAGCGCUCUAACCACACGUGGGUAUGUUUCUGGGUCUCCCCUCGACCACUGCCGGAAUCUACAGCUUUGUCCAGUGGCCACAACUAGUCUCGUAAUGUUUUACCAUUUGUUGUUUGUGUGCAUGCCAGCCUGUUACUUAUUUAUUUUGGGAAGCCCCUGGGUGCCUUGUAUCCCUUGUUUCUGGUAUGCACGUAUAGGUUUGUGGCCUGAGCGUUUAUCGCAUGCUGAAGCGGGUCAUUCGCCCCUGUGUGUGUUCCGACCCUCGAAGCCGUGCACGCAAUAGUUAGGUCCGUUUCGGAGAUACGGCCGGACUUCGAUUCGGGUUCAACUUGGUUAGGUGGCUUCCUGGACAUUGUUGUCGUGAAGGAGAGUGCGAGUCGUGAUGUCCACCUGUCGCAAGUGGGUUGAUCGUGCGUGUGGGCACAUUUGGGCACCCCUGCAGGGUAAAAUCUUAUCGAUAAGUCGCGUCCGCGGUUAUGGACGACUUGGAGCUGUAUGACUCGACCAUAGACAACUUACACCUGUUGUUUCAAUACUAAUAACUUGCAUAGUAAGAUAGAAUAACUUAAAUAAUAAAUGGUUAAAACUUGUCAAUCGUGUGAGUGCCCUUGUAAGUACUUUCUUGCGAGGGGGGAACGCAUCGGCUGUGUUAUGUUUGCAGAGUAUAGAACUGUUAGUUAUGCGCUCUCUCAUUUUCUCUGAUUAGACGACUGUUGUAGAGUGUCUCUAUAGGUUUUUAGUGCUUGCGCGCUGCCGCUUAACCCCACCAUAUUGCCUAUGACGUUCCUCUUCCGUCCUAUAAGUCCCCUGCGUGCCUCAAGUACAAAGGACGACUGGUUGACGAAUGCUUAUACGUCUUGAAGUCUUGUUAAGUACGAACCCGUACUUAUUGCUGCUUCUACGGGACAUAACCGGGCAGGUAUGAAGAUAUGUUCGAAGAAAACGAUGCUAGCAAGGUUACCCUUCCGGCUUGGCCUGGGCAGGGUUAUGGACGCCACUGGUUAUCUUCAGGACUCUGAGUCCAAAUUUGUAUCUUGUCCGUACUCGGAUGUAUUUGAUCUUCUGUAUGAUUUGGAUCUUUGUAUGUAUCUAUUUGUAUCUUGACUCGUGGGAGUCGUUGUUGUAAUAUAUAUGUUUCUUGUGGGCUCUAUUGUAA